AUGAGCGGGGAAUCUACACCUGUUGCCCUUUCCAUAGAACAUGGCAUCACGACUCCAUGCAUCACACGGACCAUCUGCGACUUCCUCGACGCUCAUGCAUCCGCAUCGCCUACUGCCCUCGCUGCUCAGGAUAUCCUCGACCGUCAACUGACAUAUGCCGACCUCCACGCGCGCUCCGUUCGCCUCGCGCGACAACUCAAGGACCGAGGCGUGUGCCGUGGCAGCCACGUCUGCCUGGUGCUAGAGAGGUCGCUGGAGCAUCUUGUAUCCCUGUUCGCGGUGCUUCGACUUGGGGCGGCGUACAUCCCGCUGGAUGGGACCCUUGUCCCGCAAAGCGUGCUUCGAGAUGUCGUGAACGACGCUCGACCAGCAGUUAUUCUAGUUUCCAAGGCGCAUGCCGCACGUUCCGGGAGCGUGGAGGGGAAGUGGUACUGCAUUGAAGACCUCUUAGACGCGGACGAGCAUAUGGGACCUGAAACGAGGUUCGACGAUGCACGACCCGAGGAUCCUGCAUAUAUAAUCUUCACUUCAGGCACAACUGGGCGCCCCAAGGGUGUGGUCGUAAGUCACUCGAAUGUCGUGAAUCUGGUGUGCCAGGCUCCAGGGAACCUGGGUAUCACCCCCGGAACAAAGGUGGCGCAGCUGCUGAACGUCGCUUUCGACAUGUGCGCCUGGGAGAUCUUUGGCUGCAUCUUGAAUGGCGGGAGUCUUUACCUCCGUGGCCUCCGACGUGCAGACUGGAUCAAGGUGAUGAAGACUGUCGACGUACUCAUCUGUACGCCGUCGAUACUGGAACCGCACGACCCGAAGGACUACGUGAACGUGAGGGUCGUGGCGACCGCAGGCGAGCCGUGUUCCAAGGCCCUUGUGGAGCGAUGGGGACAUCGUGUGAAGUUCUGGAAUUGCUGUGGCCCCACAGAGACUACCAUCGUGAAUACAAUGGAUCUCUACCAUCACGGCUCGGACGUGACGAUCGGACGAUCGACCCCUAACAACUCAGUGUACGUCUUGGACGAAGAGCUGCACCCUCUGCCUCGCGGAGAGGUCGGCAUAAUGUGGGCAGGCGGGUUGGGAGUCAGUCUCGGCUACCUCAACCUUCCUGAGCUCACAAAGAUGAAGUAUAGGCGUGACCCAUUCAGAGCAGAUGGGUACGUAGGAAUGAUGUACAACACUGGAGACCUCGGUCGACUGCGCGUAGACGGGAAGUUCGAUCAUCUCGGGCGCGUUGAUGAGCAGGUCAAGGUCAAGGGCUUCCGGGUCGAGCUAGACGGUGUUAGCGCGGCGAUGCGCUCAUGUGCAGGGAUCAUGUCUGCGUGUGCGCUCCUCAUAGACGGCGAGCUGCACGGAUUUUACGCCCCCAGCUCUGUCUCUGCAGCGGCGGUACUAGAGGCAACGAUGGCGAUCCAGCCAUGUUAUGCAGUGCCGUCAAAAUACAUCGCGUUGGAUACGCUCCCUUUGACUAGCAACGGAAAGCUUGACAAGCGGAGGCUGCAGGAGAUUGCGGCGAGCCCUGGUACACACUGA